CCAGCGUGUUCGCCCGUGCUGCAUCUGGAUGCUAAUCGCCUCAGGUUGCAAACGUGGGUGGAGCCAGAGCCACUGCUCUGAGUCACACACUCCGUGGAUGACACUGUUUGCGGUUUUGUGACUUUUUUUAGUUUGGUACAAAACACGACGGAUAAUUGUUUUUCUUCGCUGUCCAGAAGUAAAUACUCCGACAUCUCAAAUUAAUUAAUAAUUUGGUCGAAUUAAGUCGCAGACGAACAUGUCCACGAAAGGUCAAGUGAUCAAGUGCAAGGCAGCUGUCGCAUGGGAACAUGGUAAACCUCUGGUCAUUGAAGAUGUCGAGGUGGCUCCACCUCAGGCCCACGAAGUCCGAGUCAAGAUUGUUGCCACAGGCGUGUGCCACACAGACUUGGAAUACUUGUAUGGAAGAGGGAAAGGGAUGAUCAGACAGUUCCCGCUGGUUCUAGGCCAUGAAGCCGCCGGAGAAGUGGAGAGCGUUGGUGCGGGGGUCACCGGAUUCUCACCAGGUGAUAAAGUUAUUCCCCUUUUUCUGCCUCAGUGUGGGGAGUGUGAGCGAUGUAAGGGCACCAAAACAAACCAGUGCAGGAAAAACUGGGCAAACACUCAGACGGGUGUUUUGGCCGAUGGCACGAGCAGGAUUUCUUAUCAGGGACAGCAAGUGUACCAGUUCAUCGGUGUCGGUUCUUUCUCCCAGUACACGGUGGUUCCUGACACGUCGCUUGCAAAGAUAAGAAGCGACGCGCCGCUGGACAAAGUGUGUCUGCUCGGCUGUGGCGUCUCCACUGGUUAUGGUGCAGCUCUCAAUACAGGCAAGGUUGAGGAAAAUUCCACGUGUGCCGUGUUUGGGCUCGGAGCAGUUGGACUGGCAGCCGUCAUGGGCUGCCAUGCUGCCGGGGCAAAAAGGAUCAUCGGCGUCGACUACAACCCGGACAAGUUGGCUAAAGCCGUAGCAUUUGGAGCCACAGAUUGUGUCAACCCCAAAGAUCACUGCAAGCCCAUCCAGGAGGUGUUGAUGGAGAUGACAGGCGGAGGGGUGGACUACGCUCUGGAGUGUGUUGGACAGCCAGCUGUCAUGACUUCUGCGUUUGAGUCUACAAGCGACGCCGGCGGCACCUGCGUGAUUGCUGGGUGGACGGAGACGGAGGGUUUGACGCUUCAGAUUGAAAAGCUCCUGCUGGGACGCACCCUGAAGGGGACUUACUUUGGAGGUUGGAAAAGCGUGCAGGACGUUCCCAAACUAGUGGACGCCUACAUGAACCAGAAGCUGAAGCUGGACGAGUUCAUCACACACACUCUCCCGCUGGAUCGAGUCAACUCGGCCUUUGACUUAAUACGUCGUGGGGAGAGCAUUCGCACCGUCAUCGGUCUGUGGUCCAGAUCCGACGGACCCGCUGAAUUCAAAGCCCCCCCACUGGACGAUGUGAAUGAGUUUCCGACUAGUGGAGGGUGCGAGGGCUCAAAGUGAUAUAACGUUACGCUCUGUAAUAAAUGUUGCUAAAUUUGGUGAGUUUGGACAUUGUUAUUUUAGAGUGGAUGUCAUUGUAAUGAAAUGAUGUGAAUAAAUUGUGGAUUGAUAAACUUCA